CUUCAUUUUUCUAUUAUUAUAGGUGUGAUAGUUCUGACUGCAAUAGCAAACAAGUUCAGACUGCAUCAGCUGAGCACCGUCGAGAAGUUCGUGAUGUCGUACGGCGGAUUGAGAGGAGCCGUAGCCUUCGCCUUGGUUCUACUCAUAAACCCUAAAGUCGUGCCUCGCCAACCCAUGUUCAUGACCACGACCAUCGCCGUCGUCUACUUCACCGUCUUCAUCCAAGGCAUCACCAUCAAACCUCUGGUGAGGAUCCUCAACGUCAAAACGGCGGAAAAACGUAAACCCACAAUGAACGAGAGAAUCCACGAAAGGUUGAUGGACCACACCAUGGCUGCAAUCGAGGACAUCUUGGGACAACACGGAAACUACCACGUCAGAGAUAGGUACGUUUCCAACAUCAAAAAAAUUAUUAAAUUACGUAAUAACGCUUCCUGUAUUUUAUCAACUAACGAAUCGCGGAGAAGUUCAAGCUGAAAUAAUUCCCCUGAA